AUGGCGACAAACCUGUACGAAGUUUUGGGAUUAGACCGAAAUGCUUCCCCGGAAGAGAUUCGCAAGGCGUACAAACGUCGUGCCCUCAAGACACACCCAGACAAGCUCCCACUUAACCUGACAGUUGAACAGAAGGCGGCAGCAGCGGAAGAGUUCAGAAAAAUUGGCAACGCGUACGAGGUACUCAACGACGAAGAAAAGCGCAAAGUUUACGACCGCUACGGUGUCUACCCGCCCCCAGCACAGCCCGAGCCCCAGCGGCGUCCGAGUACUCGGGGCGAUAGGUUCUUCUCAUCAGACCCUUUCUCAGACCCUUUCUUCUCUCGCGGGCCUUCCUUGUUUACCUUCACAGACCCCUUUGUGCUCUUCAACUCGCUCUUUGGUGAUAUACACCGCACCUUCUUCGACAUGGACGACAGUGAUCCAUUCAUGUCCGACCCCUUCUUCAGCGACCCGUUCUCGCCGUUUGGCCGCAUGGGCAUGGGUCGCUCGAUGUUCGGCGGUAGCCUACUCGCUCCUCACUCCAGCCUCAUGCUCGGCGGCCCAGGCUCCAUGUUUGCGCAGCUCGCUGACGCUGAGCCCAGUGGGUCUCGGCGUAUGUAUAGUUCUGCAACGGAAGCUAUUGGACGUAGUGGACAAUGGGUCUCCCAGAGCACGAUGUCAAGGACAAUCAAUGGACGCACAGAGGUCAUCACCAAGCGCCGCGAUGCCGAGGUGAACAUAGAGUUUUGUGUAUUUGAGCCGGGCAACGAGCAUGUCACACUCUCCUCUCCAGAGGGCGAACGCUACUUAAUCAAUGGUGUCGAACAGUCGUUGCCUAACGGCCAUGCAAUUCAGUCCCCGCCGCCGCCUCAGCAAACCCGUCAACAGUCGAUCACGGCGCCGCCGCCUCAGCCUGCGUCAUCAUACAUUCCUCCACCAAACAGCUAUCAUGCCCUGCCUCCUCAGAUACAGGCGCAGUACCAAACUCCGCCACAAGUACAGUACCAAGCCCCUCCGCCUCAGCCGCAAUACCAGACACGGCCUCCUCCCCAACAACGCCAUCAAGUCACACCCUCCCCAGAGCCGCAAUUCAACGCUCAAUCUCAGCUGUACUCAGCGUCUACUUCCACGGCACCGGUCCCGCCUCGCUUCAGUUCUAGUGCAAACACCAACUCGCAUGCAUACCGAACGCUGCCACCGCCGCAUAUUGAGCCAAUUCCUGUGCAGCACCAGCGCAGCCACGGGCACAGUAGCAUUCACUCAGGGCAUUCCCACCACGUGUACGAUAAGCAUAAGGACAGGGAGCGCGACAGAGAGCGCACACGCUCUCACCGGGACUCGCACGACCCGCACUCCUACAGAGACUCGCGCUCGCCGCGACACCGCGGGAGGGAUGAGCAGGUGCGCGAGGGAGACCAUAGCAGUGACAAGGGGCGGCGCGGUGGAUGGAUCCACGGCGUCGCGGAAUUCUUGAAACAUCGGAUCAGACCCCAACACGGGCAUUAA